CCAUCUUAGGCUACAAUGCGCACAAUAUCGAAAGUAGAUCAAAAUCUUACCCCAUAGGCCUAGUAGAUCUAUUAAUUUCUACUCUGUUGAUUAAAAAAAACUGGCAGACGUUUUCGUCCCUUUUAAACGCAAAAAUGAAAGAAAAUGAAAAGUGAUUGCAUUAGGUUAUAGCUGAACCUCAGUAGAUUUUGAAAAUGUAGUUGCUUUGUGUAUUGGAAAUUAAUAUGAUAUUAAUUUUAAAUUAAUAAGAGACAGUGGUAAAAACAAAAUUUGAAAAAUCAGCCAAGAGCUCUAGUGCUAAAUUUAGCAACAGUAAACAGCUGACAAGAAUGGCUAAUAAACAUAAAUCUUCAAGUAAUAAGAAAGCCAAAGAAGACGAUUCAUCAUCUUCAUCUUCUUCAUCAUCAUCUUCUUCAUCUUCUUCGGCAUCAUCAUCAUCUAGCAGUGAUACAUCUGAUGAAGAUUAUGUAGAAGAAGAAGAAAAGUCAUUUAAGUGUAAGGUGUGUAGCAGAAAAUUUGCUAGAAAAUGUGCUUAUGCGCGACAUAUAAAAGUUCACUCCAGCCCCCAAAGCAAAUUUGAGUGUGAUGUAUGUCAUAAAAAGUUUACAAAGAAGAAAGAUUUAUCUAUGCACAAAAUUCACUCAGGAAAAGAUCAUUCAGCAGAAAACACUGAAGAAAAUGAGGCAGAAAAUAAGUCAGUAGACAAACCCCUUGAAUUGAAUCUAAAAGACAAACCUUACGAGUGUGAUGUGUGUCUGAAGAAAUUUAAAUACACAAGUACCCUAGCCAAGCAUAAAAAAAAAUUCCAUCCCGUUGAUAAACCAGUUAAAGAUAAACCAGAAGAGACAGUUUUUGAGUGUAAGGUGUGUCAUAAAAAAUUUGAAAACAGGCGACGCUUGUAUAAUCAUAAUAAAUCACAUCUAAAAGACAAACCUUAUGAGUGUGAUGUGUGCCAAAAGAAGUUUGGACGUAAAGGAUUUUUAGAGCAACAUAAAGUGAUUCACACUGGAGAGAAACCUUUUGAAUGUGAUGUAUGUCAAAGAAAGUUUGUUUUCAGCCAACAUUUACAACAACAUAAAAAAUAUUUGCAUGGAACAGAUCAACCCUAUCAGUGUGAGCAGUGUCCCCAAAAGUUUUUUCACCUGAAGACAUUCCUACUGCAUAAACAAUACCACUCAGGCGUGAAACCAUUUGAGUGUGAUGUUUGUCAAAAGAGGUUUCAUUUAAAAGGUAAUUUAGAUCUGCAUAAGCAACUUCAUACAGGUGAUAUGGAGCAUCAGUGUGAAGUAUGUCAGAGGAAAUUUAACAGAAAGUUACUUUUAAAUGUACAUAAAUUAAGUCACUUAAAAGUAAAACCAAUUAAGUGUGAUGGAUGCAAUAGAAGGUUUUUAAAGAAGGGAGAUCUAACUCUACAUAAAAAGUGUUGUACAAGAGGAGAGGUCUUUGAAAAUAAAGCAUGUCCACAAACAAUUCUUGAUCGGCAGAAUUUUUUAAAUCCUAAAAAAACACACUCAGAAAAUCCACAUUUGGAAUGUAAAAUCUGUCAUAAAAUGUUUUUUAAGCAUGAAACUUUGUACAGGCAUAAAAAAAUGCAUUCUGAUGCUCAGUAUGAGUGCAAUGUAUGUAACAAAAAAUUUUAUUUUCGAAGAGAAUUAAUUAGACAUAAAGAAACUCACAACCCUAGCCGACCAGAGAUACUAUUUGAGUGUGAUGUCUGUCAUAAAAAUUUUCUUUCUAUAAGAACUUUGCAAAGUCAUAAAUUAGUAAUUCAUGCAGUUGAGAGAAAUUUUGAAUGUGAUGUUUGUCUUAAAAAGUUUCCACUAAUACGUACCUUAGUGAAACAUAAGCGUAGACAUUUACCGGUGAAACGAGAAGAAUUUCCGUGUGAUGUAUGUCAAAAGAAAUUUACUCUCAAGGAAUACCUAGUUCGACAUAAGAAAAGGUUGCAUCCCAUCCAUACUGCUACUACAUGUUACGUUUUGGAAAAUCCUGAAUCCAAUUUAGUUACUUAUUUUUUUGUGUGUGAAUAGAUUUUUUGUGUGAGUAGUUAGACAUUGUUUACCGUAAGGCUUAUGAGCAUUCUGCUUUAAUGUCAAUUUUAAUAAACCUUUCCGGAACAAAAGAACCAAAACUUUAUGUUAGGUUUGCCUGUCGUGCCUCCUGGGACAUAGGCCGGCGACAAGAGCUUUCCAGGCGUCUCAUUCCUGGGCUAGUCUCUCCAACUGUCCCCAGGUGUAUCCAAUCUUCUUGGUGUCUUCUUCCAGGUCAUGUCUCCAAGUCUUUCUUGGUCUGCCUCUCCUCCUCCUGCCUUGUGGAUUCCAGGUGAGGGCCUGUCUUGUUAUGCUGGAUACAGGCUUCCUGAGUGUUUUACCAAUCCAUUUCCAUUUUCAACUGGCAAACUUUAUGUACCUAGGUUUUAAAUUUUCAUAAUUGACAUAUUUAAAAGAAGAAUAUUCUAUACCUCACAUAGUAAACACUGUGUGAUAAAGUAGUUGAGCAAAUCUGAAAGUUUAGAGACUCAAGUCUGUAGGUUGUCCCCGAGUCCAUCCAGCACUAAUGGGUACCUGACUAAUGGUAGAGAAAAUAAAUGCGGCUGAACAUAGUGCUGACCACAUCAUUCCGUCAUUUGCCUCAGUAAAAAAACAUCUUAACUUCAUCUACCCUAUCGAUCAUUAGAUCUAUAUAAUGUGAACUUAAUUUUAGUAAAAAAAUAAAGAAUAGUAUUGUUUUCUCCGCAUGUACAAAACCAUAAUUGGUGACAAUUAAACACUUGUUUUUAAAACCCAUGAUGUACAGCUUGCUGAGAAUGUUUUAUUAUUUGUAAAUACAUUUCUUGUUAAUGUUAUGCUUGUUAAUUUUUUCUCCUGCUAAUAAUAGCAGUCCACCAAUCUUUACUAUUUUUUAAAUUCAAGAUAAAAUCUUAAAACACUGUAAAUUUUGUGUUUCAUGUACCUAUCCUUUUUAAAUCACCUUAAUUUUUAAAAAUCAUAUUGUUGAAUACAAUAUUAAACAUUGUGAAUCAUGUAAAAAAUAUUUUUUUUUUAAAAUGAAAAUGUUCAAGAUUAUCUAAUUUGUAAAAUUAAUGUGAAAUUAUUUUAUCCUCUCAAAU